AAUUAAUAAUUGAACAGAAAAGUGUGUUCUAUAUAUUUAUAUAUAUUUUUAUUAAGUGGAAUAAGAAAACAUUAGUCAGUACUACAAUAAUUUUGAAAUCUUGCUUCGUAUUUGACUCUUUAAAAUAGAUUCUUAGCUGCUUAUUUACUAGUAGUUGAAACCGUACCGCAUUUAGGUUAUAUAAUUUGAAGCGUUUCUCGUUUACAUCAAUUGAGACAUUAGCUCACACUUGCAGUCAUAGAUAUACUAGCAUAUUAAAAUUAAAACAAAAUUCCUAAUGAAAAAUUCCAGAAAAAAAAAACGUUAUGUACUUAAGUCUCCCAAUUGAGAAGGUUAAAAGCAGCAGCAGCUUAAUGCUUUCUUAAUUACAGCGUCUUUUAAAAAUUAUGUAAACGAGUUUAAUGGUUUCAUCAAAUUGUAAAUGACUUAAAUGUUAUAUCACCUUUAAGAUUUUUAGAGGUAAAUCAUAUGAAAUGACAGAUUAAUAUAAAACAACAAAUAUAGUAAUUUCGACUAAGCUUCGAAAAACAAAAGACUUAAGGCACAAACCUGAUGGAUACGGGUUAACUUGGAUUGGGUUUGCAUAUUAAAAUUUGGAAUCCAGACGGAUAAAUAUGGCAGAGAUAAUGGACCAAGAAUUUUACUAUUUCAUAUGCUUAUAUAUACUAUAUAUGAGUGCUGAGCAUAAUAUCAUUUUGCAGUGCAAACAGAUGUUUAAUAAAAUAAGCAAAGGAAAAAAUUAUGUUUGGUUUAUUAAUGCAGUACAUAAAAUUACGUUUGGAAUUUUAGUUAAAUAUGUCGAAUAAAUAUACUAGUAUAUGUAGGUAUGUUCUCUGUAAAAUUUUGAGAAAUACUCAAGUGUAGCUCCAGUAUUUACUAAAGUAGGUAAUUGUUACCGUCCAAAUCCACAAUUUAACUUCUUUGGUUUAUGAGUCAUUUCAUAGGCUGUACUUUGAAGGGGCCCAGAUGCCUCGCCAACAUUAUUUGUCAUGGAGCAACAAUAAUUUCUAAAUUUUUCCAUAAUAAUUAAAUAUGUCUUAACUGGUGUUUCUGCUUCUUAAGGCGGAAAUCGUAACUCAAUAGUUUAAUUUCAUUCAAUCAUUUUUACAGCACUCCUUAAAAGACUUCGAUUUGUUUUAAAGACUUGUUUAGAUAAGAAAUUGAGGAGCACAACAAUAAACAAACAAAACAUAUAUUACAUCAAUCACACCUCGUAGUAUACAAUUGUAAAAUCCUUCACUAUUCAUUCUUCCUUACGCGGAGAGUAUUAAAAACGUAUGGGCCUGUAUUGUAACUCCUCAAAAUCUUACGCCAACAAUAUUCAUAGCGAUUCGAACAUAACCUCGUACAUACGGUUUUUUUUGUAAUUGUGUGGAUAAGCUAAAAUUAAUAACGAAGCAGUACAAUUGGAUGAUAAAAUAAAAAUAUUAAUGCAACUAGCACUUUGGUUGACUCGGAGAGAUAACAAAUACAAAAUGUGUGAGAUGCUAAGAAGUACUUACUUUAUAUUACUUUUUGCUGUUUUGGCUAAAAGCAAAGAUAAUUUACGUGUCGCCUUCGAGUGGAAGGAGAUGGACUUUAAAUAUGAGAAUGCUGAGGCACGUUGGACGGCCAUUGAAAAUCACGAAUUUCGACCAGACAACGUAAUACCUUUUGGGUUGGAAGUAUAUAGGUCACGAAUGUAUGUUGCUUUGCCUCGAUGGCGAGACGGUGUACCAGCAUCAUUGGCUUAUUUUGAUAUCAAUGAAAAAUCUACAAAAUCACCAUUACUCAUUCCUUUUCCUAGUUGGGAGGCACAUAAUAUUGCCAACUCGGAUCCAGAGCUUAUUUCUCCCUUUCGAAUUCGAGCUGAUCGCUGUGGUCGACUAUGGGUACUAGACUCACGUAUUGCAGGCGUUUUAGAGAAUACAACUAUAUUUGGACCUGCUCAGUUAUUAGUUUAUGAUUUGCAUAGUGAUAAUCUUUUACGUCGCUACAAAUUUCCUAACAGUCAGAUGAAACAAGGUUCCUUCUUCGCAAAUUUAGCGGUGGAUGACUCUAAUUGCAAAAAUUCUUUUGCCUAUGCUGCUGAUUUAGGUGCUCCUGGUCUAAUAGUUUAUUCAUGGGCACAAGAUGAUUCAUGGCGAGUACUGCAUAAUUUCUUCCAUCCUGAUCCAUUAGCUGGAAAUUACAGUAUAGAUGGUAUAGAAUUUCAAUGGGAUGAUGGAUUGUAUGGUUUGGCCCUAUCUAAACCACAGGAAGACGGUUUCGCUAUACUAUACUUUCAUCCCCUCAGCUCUAUAACUGAGUUUUCAGUUAGUACAAGUGUUCUUAGAAAUAAAACCUUUGCUAGUUCUGGUGAAAUCUACCAUAACUUCAAAAUAUUGGGAGCGCGUGGUUCAAACGGACAAGCAGGCGCAGCAUUUAUAGACCCACGUACCGAAGUUUUGUUUUAUACGUUACCAAAUCUAAAUGCUCUGGACUGUUGGAGUACAACUAAUACGGAUUAUUCGACCAAUACUCAGGGACGUGUUUACACGAGUGCGCAAGAACUCGUAUUUCCCAGCGAAGUGAUGAUCGAUACGGAAGAUAGGUUAUGGGUACUUUCGAAUAAAUUACAAGAAUUUAUUUAUGAUGAGAUCUAUCCUGGGAGAGUAAAUUACCGUGUUUUGACAGCGAAUGUAGUGGAUGCAAUCGCAAAUACUGUAUGUGAUACCAAGGUGAAACCACUGCCAGAAAUAGUUAAACCGGAAUUAGAUACUAUACUUGACGCGGUGAUAAAUUCUACGAAAGAGGUAUCUGCUUCAGGUGUGGAGACAAAAAGUUUAACCGUAAUCAUCGUGUUUUUUGGGAUUAGUAUAAUUUUUUACAUAAUCUAAAUAGUUUAAGUUCAACUAAUGUUAUUUUGUAUGUAGUAAUAUAAAACUAAAUACUUAUUGUAGAAGAAUUUCAUGUUCAUUAAAUGUCUACCAAUAUAAAUUAUAACGACAAUAUCAUUUAAGCUCGAUGUUUGUCUGAAAUUGUUUUCCUGAUAUCCUUUUUAAUGUCAUAAAAUAUCUGCAAAUGAAUUGAGUACUUAAAAUGUUGAAAGUAAAUUGUAAAUUGGAACCACUUAUAUUUUGGUAACAUUAUUAUUAUUGGAAAUGGUGCGCUUAUUGGAAAGUUUUAAUACCGUAGACACCAAAAAGAUUAAAGUAUAUUUUUAAAUUUGUA